AUGGUGAGAAAGAGCAGGGGUCGCCAAAAAGUGGAGAUGGUGAAAAUGUCGAAGGAAAGCAAUCUCCAAGUAACCUUUUCGAAACGUCGGUCCGGACUUUUCAAAAAGGCUAGCGAGCUUUGCACUCUUUGUGGUGCUGAGAUUGCCAUCAUCGUCUUUUCUCCUGGAAAUAAGGUCUUCUCCUUUGGCCACCCUGGUGUGGGGACGGUCAUCGACCGUUACAUCACUCGAAACCCUCCUCAAAACUCAGGUGCUAUGCAAAUUCUUGAAGUUCAUCGAAAUGCCACCGUCCGUGAACUGAAUGUGCAGCUCACCCAGGUGCUAAACCAAAUUGAGAUGGAGAAAAGGCGUGGAGAAGAGCUUAACCAAAUGAAGAAGGCUGGUCAAAGUCAAUGCUGGUGGCAGGCUCCCAUUGAGGAACUUAAGUCGCCUCAAAUUGAGCAGUUGAAGGUAUCUCUAGAAGACCUAAAGAAGAAUGUGACGAAGCAAGCUGAAAAACUACUAAUUGAAAGUUCAGCUCCUCCACAAUUUUUUGCUUCAAGUUCCGGUGGAGGAAUUUUUCCUUAUGAUCGAAAGGUAGGCGGUUUCAAUCCAAAUAUGGUUGCAAUGGUGAAUAAAAAGCCUAGCAUGGGUCGCCAAAAGAUUAAGAUUGAAAAAAUACCCAAGAAAAAUCAUCUACAAGUCACCUUCUCUAAAAGACGAGCUGGUCUUUUCAAGAAGGCUAGUGAGCUCUGCACUCUUUGUGGGGUUGACAUAGCAAUAGUAGUUUUCUCCCCAGCUCAAAAGGCCUUUUCAUUUGGCCACCCUGAUGUUGAUUCUAUCAUGGAUCGAUUUCUUAUACGAAACCCACCUCCUUCAAGUUCUGGCACUCACCUACUCAUCGAAGCGCAUCGUAAUGCUAACGUUCGUGAGCAGAAUAUGCAGUUAACUCAGAUUCUUAAUCAACUGGAGGCAGAAAAAAGGCAUUCAGAAACACUUAACCAAAUGAGAAAAAAUAGUAGAAGCCAGUGUUGGUGGGAAGCUCCUAUUGAAGAACUAGGAUUGCAUGAACUAGAACAAUUGAGGGAUGCACUGGAGGAGUUAAAGAAGAAGGUAACAAAAGAAGCCGGCAAGGUUUUGAUAGAGUCCACUAAUUCUUUGCCAUUUUCGCCGGUAAAUGGUUUUGGGCCGAUCGGAAAUUUUGAGACAAAACCUGAGAUUAGUGUUUCUUCUACUAUUCCUCGUGUCAACAAUUUUGGUUAUGGGCAUGGGCUUUUUUAA